AUGGUCGACGCACUAGUACCUCUGCCUGAGAUCGAGAAGUUGAGCGAUCGGGUUAUUAGAGUGCUUGGUGGUAACCCGGGCAAGGUAAGCAGUACGAAUACUUAUGUCGUCGGUCGAGGUGCAUCCCGACUCCUCAUCGACACGGGCGAAGGCAGACCCCAGUGGAUAGCCUCCGUCAAGUCGCUGCUCUCAAAGGAGAACAUUGCAAUCGAAAAGGUACUCUUGACACACUGGCAUCUUGACCAUAUCCAAGGAGUCCCUGAUCUCCUCGAGCACGCUCCUAACACCAAGGUCUACAAAAAAGAUCCACACAGCGACUGGCUCCCCAUAGCCGAUGGGCAGAAGUUUGAGACCGAGGGCGCGACAUUGCGUGCGUUCUUCUGUCCUGGACACACCACCGACCAUAUGGCCUUUGUGUUGGAGGAAGAAAAUGCCAUGUUCACGGCCGACAAUGUGCUGGGACAGGGCACAGCGGUAUUCGAGGAUCUAGCCACAUACAUGAACAGUCUCGAUGCCAUGUCAAAGCAGUUUGGCGGUCGUGCAUACCCCGGUCACGGCCCUGUUAUCGACGAUGGUCCAGCAAAGAUCAAGGAGUACAUUAGCCAUCGUAAGCAGCGUGAGCAGCAGGUCUUGGAUGUGCUGGCUGCGGAUGAGAGUGGGUUGGGGUUGUCGUCGAUGGACAUUGUCAAGGUGAUAUACAAGAACUAUCCAGAAAGCCUCUGGGAGCCGGCUGAGAGGGGCAUCCUGCAGAUCUUGAACAAGCUGAAGCAGGAAGGAAAAGUUACUGGUGACAAGACCUGGUCGUUGAGUGGAAAGUCUAGUCUCUAA